CGGUCGGGCUGGCCGUAGGCUAGCCAUGGAAUUACAGCCGCGAAGAAUGCUUCAACAGCUGGACUUCGAUCGAAGCCCACAAGACGUGGAGCCUCUUUGCCAUCGGUGGAGAAAUGUGUUAUUGAGCGCAACGUGUGUUCGUAGAAAGAAAUUCUUGGUUCACUGCGCGGACACGAAUUUGAGUUCUUCGUCUUCUUGACACUCCUUUGAGCUUCUUCCGAGCACACACGGUACUCGGUACUUUGGACAGAAGAUUGUCGUCAACACCAGCAGCAGCAGAAGCCGCAGACAUGACUGAGACUGAAGCUUCAGGAUCUCAAGCAAUGGACCAUAACAUUUCCGAAGAAACUGCCAAAACAGCAAAUGAUCAGCCAGGCAUGAAAGGGAUCGACACUGACAAAGAACUUGGGAGACUAGCGACCCAUCUUAUGCCCCACAUUCUUAACUUGUACAACUGUGAAGCAACCGCUCUUGAUUUCGAGAUCUAUGCUUCCAAUGCCUCGUUCGAGGAUCCCCUCAUGUGCGCAAAAGGGGUGAAGCAGAUCAAAUCAGCAUUUUACGCCAUUCCGAAGGUCUUCAGUGAAGCCAAAAUGGGAGAGUACUUUGUGCAAGAAGAUGAAACUGCUCCUGGAGCUGGCGAGAUCCGUAUCGACAACGUGCAGCACUACAAAGUAUGGGGCCAAGCGGUUGAUAUGAGAUCUCUUAUUAAAAUACAGGUCCAAGAUGGGAAAGUCGUCCGACAUGAAGAUCUCUGGGAUAAGAAACCCUUGUGGACAAGGCAUACGGUCAGAGUCCCACUGGUCGGACGGGCAGCUGAAGGUUGGCGUCGAUUCAACAUGCUUGUCACCCACACUAUUAUGGGAUUUGGAAAGGAUCCUCGCCCUAAACACUAGCAACGAAGAUGAUCUAAGAUGGACGAUUGCGUGCUGAAGGCAUGACAUGUUGUAUAUACAAUUCUAAAGACAACGAUAUUUAGUACGUUGUUGUGACAUACAGCUGUUCAAGACAAGUUCACAUCAUGAGGCCUUCAGACGCGAUAUUCCUGAUCUAUAUCGACGUUUUCUUGCAUGUUUCAGACCGAUUAUCAAGAUCCAUCUUCCGCUACAGCUAUCCAUGAGCUUUACAGCCAACUGCAUACUAACAGAAAUUUGGUUGGAUAGAGUUUUGUACGAGCUUUGAAAAGAGACAUGCAUCAGAAAGUGAUGACAAAGGCUGUAUAGAUAUGUACACCGUAAUCAAUCGGACUUGCUAUGAACCUGGUUUAUUUACUCAAGGUCAAAAUAAUGCAGCUGAAAUACACUCAUUUUCCGAACAAUAAACAUGUAUAUGGUGGACAACUGCACUGUGGAUGUUGUAUUCGAUACUGCU